CAGGUAAUCUCUGCAGUGUGUUGUGUCUGAAAGUAGCCACGGUUAAUGUUGCCCUUCUUUUCUGGGAGUCCGUGGUUUGAAUACAGGUGUCGGAUUAGCCCAAUGGAACUCAAACUGGGUUGAGUUGCCUCAUCACCCUCUAGCAACACCAUGUUAGCUCAAUCAAGGUAGAAGUCCAGCGAGUGUGUUUUGUUUUCUCUUAUGGACUGCUUGGUUGAGCAAACAGUGUGAGAACCAGAACGGCCUUGGAAGACACGCAUCCUCAAAAUCGACAAAUCCAAGUCCCCCUGGGACUAGCUGUGAAGAGGCAGGGCCCGGUAUUCCCACCAACAGCAUUUGUUUUUCUCCUCUGGACCUGAUCCAGUCCAUGGAUAUUGUGUGCAGGCCUAUUACGGACUCAUUUUGCCCCUCUUUGGUGAGAAGCCGUGAUUUGGGGAUGCUGUCAGCCUCUUGGGAAGCUGUCAUGGUGCCAGGACUUCAAGAUAUGUGGACAGAACAAAAUGUCUGUGUCUUUACUCAUACAUAUGUGGAGAGGGAGGUGUAUGUGGCUCAAUGUUAUAUUUCAGGUGUUCUCUGCCUGUUAUGAACGCACCUCUACUGUACAUUUGUACCCAUUGGCCAUUUCGAAGUGACGCUUCCUGGAUGCCAAUUUCUGGCUAAGUGUCCUACAGGACUCCAAUCGAUGAACUACUUCCCUUUUUUGGAAUACCAACAGAGACCAUAAUUAAUUAAGAAAUUCCAUUGGAUCUUAUACUCAUCUGUGACUAUGACCUGUAACUGGUUUCCAGCCAGUCAGGUGCCAGAAGACCUCCAGCUCUACUACAGUGAAUUUUCAAUUUGCUAAAACACCCCCCCAAAAAAAAAAUCUGAGUACUCUGGUAAAGAUGACAUAGCAGAAUGCGGUGAUUACCUGUACAGGGCCGGUCAGAGGACUGGAUGUCAUCUGAGAGGAGACUUAAUUGAUCGUGAUGUCUACUUCCAGAACCGCAGAUCUCAAUCCGAUUGAGCAUCCGUGGGAUGUGCUGGAGAAACAAGUCCACAACGGCUCCACCUCACAGUUGACAACUGAAGGAUCUGCUGCUAACGCCUUGGUGCCAGAUACCACAGCACACCUUCAGAGGUCUUGUAGAGUCCAUGCCUCAGCAGCCAAGCCAAAGGCCCCUAAGGUUAACAUCAAAAAGGAGGGGAAUGAUCUAAUUCUGAGGUGGGACCCUCCGAAUUUAGGUCUUCCCCACUGCUGAGAUUACAUCUUAAACUACAGCAGGUGUCAAGAGACUCUGGUGAGGAGGACUGGUUAAUUACUGUGAUGUCCGUCAUCAUUCCUGCCUCAUUGUUUUUAUUCGUCAUUCUGUUUCUUUGUUGUUUCAUGAAGCACAGAGAAAAAAACACAGCCGUCACUGAUUUUCAAGGCCAUUCUGAACAGUAGCAGUAAGGAACAGAAGGUAUGUAACACCACUGGUGAACAUGUUGCCCAUCCUGUUUCUCAGGAUGCCAACCAUUCCUACACCGGCAGAGAACCAAGAAGGGCAAGCCACUGCUAGCACUCCCUGAGCCAUGUGACCUGUCAUUGACCUGGAUUAAUGAAUUCCAAAUAAAGCUGUCAUGGAACCUAUCAAAGGAUUUGGACCCAUCAUGCCGGGUGUCAUAUGAGAUCAAAAAACCAGAAACAAUGGUAACACACAAGUCUUUUGUAGAGUUGUAUGUAUUUUUGGUGGACGCAGUGACUUAUACAGUGCAAACGAAGCCUGAAGAGUGCAGUGACCGAACCAUAAGCAAACCUGUUAACAUUACUGUCACUAAACCCACAGAAUUGGUUAAAAACUUCAACUGUUCCCUAUACACCUCUACAGCCAUGAACUGCAGCUGGCUAAUAGCCAGUCAGGCACCAGAAGACCUCCUGCUCUACUACAAGUACGCUGGUGAAAAUGACAUCGAACAAUGCAGUGAUUACCUCUACACGGCCGGUCAGAGGACUGGAUGUCACCUGAGAGGCAAUAUAUCUGAACAGAAAAUGUACUUCCAGGUCAACGGGACUGUUAAUGGCUUGUCUGUACGGAAUACCUUCCUGGUGGAACCGUUAAAGAAUAUCAAGCCCCAAGCCCCUAAGGUUAAGAUCACCAAAGAAUCAAGGAGUCUCAGUCUGAGCUGGGCCCCCCCGGAUUUCAAAGAUCGAUUCAACUGCUGGAAUUACACAUUACGCUACAGCAAGUGUCAGGAGACUCAGUGUAAGAACAUAUCGAAAAAAACAAACGAGAAUAUACCGUACGAUCCAAGAUGCCAGUAUAGGUUCCAGGUGAAAGCAGUGUAUUCCGAUAAAUGUGGAACGGGUCAGAGUGACUGGAGCGAAGAGGAAAUCUAUGGUGCGGAGGACUCGUUAAUUAUUGUGAUUGCCAUCAUCGUUCCAGCCUCAUUGUUCUUAUUCGUCAUCCUGUUUCUUUGUUGUUUAAUGAAGUACAGAGAAACUAUUUUUCCCAAGAUUCCACAGCCGUCAGUGAUUUUGAAAGGCAUGUUGAACAACAGUAAGGAGCAGACGGCCUUCAAAAGGAAUCUCUACAUUCCAGUCGAGGAAAAUGUGGAACAUAAGAUCAGCCUAGAGAUUGUCCCACCUCUUCCCAUAAUGCAGCCUGACUCCUGAGAGACUACACACACAUCCAGUAGUGAUAACUACUGUACAGACAGCUACAUAUAUUGUCUGACCUGGGAGGCAAGUGACUUCAGUGUCGUUGACCCCGAAAGCAAGCCUUCUUAAGGUGGGCCCAAACUGGACUACUGAUAAGUGUCAGGAAUUGGAGAUCCACAGUUGAUGGACCACCUUAAUGAGCUGGAUACUGACUGACAGUAUGUGCUUAGGAGGAACUUUUUCAUGUUUUGGUUUAGUAACAGUUGUGAGGUGUCAAAAGUCAAGGCCAAAACAGGAAACAUUUCCUCAUGGGGUAUUUAUCUGGCCUACAACUUGUUGUGAACCUACUGUACUGAUUUUUACCUCAUCUCUCUGUAUUAAAAGGAAAAACUUCAAUUUCCAUAAUGUAUAGAAUACCUUACAGCUGGGUGUUGUCUACUGUAUGUGUAUAAACCGUUUGUUCACAUAAUGGGUCAAAUAAUUGCUAAAGUUUUGCGUCAUGGUAUUGUUUUGUCAUGGAAUUGUUAUGUAUGUCAGGGACAUGAAACACCCACACAUGGAGUAUCACUCCCAUCAUGUUUUUUUUUUAUUUUUUAUAUACAUGCAGAGACACUUCCUUGGUAGUACACCCAACCCUUUAUGACAGAAAGGAAUGAGGAACAUACUUUGAGAUAACAAUAAACAGGUUCAGACAGUUCUGUAAUCUAUUCUAAAGUAUAUAUCUCUUGGAUAUUCAAAAACACACUGGUAUUGUAGGGAAGAAUGGUUUACUGAAAAUUGGUGACACCUCGCAAUACGCAAAACCAAUACGUUUUGCUUGAACAGAGCUCCAAGGGUGUUCUCUAGUCUAACUCUGUGUACAGUGAACUACAAAGGUAUUCGUACAGUGACAAUAUAACUGGAUUUUUGGCCCGGUAUUUCAGCACUUUGGAAAACUUGAUGUAUGCUGUCAUUUUUUUGUAUCGUGGACAACUCUACAAAAUGUGUCUACUUGGUCUGAAAAUAGUAACAUGUAGCAAACUUUCAAUACACAAUUCUUCAGAGUACUAUGAAGAUGGAAGAGAGUGGAGUUAGCGAGCCAACAAUUGUCAAUUCUAAAUUCAGUCUUUAACUCCACUUACCCUGAAUGAAUUGACUAAGCUAUGAUUUAAAAAUAUUCUAAAAUAUUGUGACAUUUGAGGAAAAUAAAUUAUAUAAUAUGGAAUUAACAAAAAAUGUAUAAACCAAAUGUUGAUGUUAUUUUUUGACUGCACAAUGAAUGUGAAAGUAAAUGCAUAGUAAAACAUUUUUACUGUAAAUGUACAUUUGUAAAUGUAAAUGUCAUUUAUUUUGUUAAGGUUUUAACAUGCUGCAGAUUAAGCACCACCAAAUCACACCAAAGAUGAUAUUAACAAUAAGCAAUAAAAUAAGGCGCUACACCA